AUGGCAGAAAAAGAUGCGGCAACGCCUCGAGUGUUCCUGAUGCGUCAUGGUAAGCUGAACUCCCGACUCACCCCACAACAAUGUGGUAGCUUCUGCCUCAGGCGAGAGGAGACAUCGGACAAGUCAUAUCUUUUGGAGGAAAGCGUCAAAGUCAAGAACACCGUCACUCAUACCACAAACUUGAAUGCAGGACAAACCGAAUGGUCUCAAAAUGGGCGAUAUACCGGCAUCACGGACAUUCCUCUCUUGCCAAAGGGAGAGGAAAAGGUUCGACACACUGCAUCGGUUGUCUUCGGGCCUGGACGACUGAUUGACCCGGCAAAACUGGCAAAGGUCAUUUGCAGUCCACGGAAGCGAGCCACGCGGACACUCGAACUACUGUUGGAGCAGAUCGAUGAUCAGGGCUCCGCGGCGGCCAAACAGGCUUUGCAAGACAAAGCCGAAAUCACCGAGGAGAUUGCCGAAUGGGGCUACGGCGACUAUGAAGGACUUUUGACCGGGCAGAUCCGCGACUUGCGCAAACAACGAGGUCUAGAUCAGGACCACCCGUGGGAUAUUUGGCGCGAUGGCUGUGAAGGGCCCGGAAGCGAGGCUCCGGCUCAAGUCACGGCGAGGUUGGACGGUAUCAUUUCCCGCAUCACGGCUCUGCAGGGCGAAGGAAUGAAGAACGGUCAAAGGAACUGCGAUGUCUUGGUCGUGGCUCAUGGCCAUAUCUUGAGAGCUUUUGUCAAGAGAUGGUUGGGGUUUGGGCUGAGCGAUAGACUAGAGAUGAUGCUGGAGCCCGGCGGCGUGUGUGGGUUGAGUUAUGCACAUGAGGACAUUGCGAAGAGGGCCGUGCUUGUUGGAAUGAGUUACUGA